AUGGUGAGGCAGAAAGUCUGUGAUGUUAAGGAUCCGCUACUCUGUUUCUCCGUCCUCUCGUUGUUGCUCUCCAAAUUCUCUGUAUCUCUAUUUCGUUCCUCCGUUCUCUUUUCGCCACUUCAGAAGGGAUACAAGCUACUUGAUCUUGAGCACAAUGUGUUUUUUAUCAGCAGAGAUGUAACCUUCUUUGAUGUAGCAUUUCCUUUUCAGAAUCCAGAGAAUUCACCAAUGCUUAAUUCAAACCAGGGGCAUUCACAGUCUCUUCUAAUUCCUGUAUCAACUAAAACUCCUGAACUACAUGUAUCACAUGUUGAUUAUGUUAGAAGAUCAAGUACUGAACUACAUGUACCACCUGUUGAUGAUGUUAGAAGAUCAAGUAGGACUUCUAGGCCUCCCAUCUGGCUUAAGAAUUAUGUCAGAGCUGACAAAGCUACACAAAGCAAUAGUUGCAGAUAUCCAAUAGCUGCUGUCAUAGGCUAUGAUCAAUUGUCUCCCAAGUAUCAAAGCUACUUAUCUCAAAUCUCAUCUGAACAAGAACCCAACCGCUACUAUGAGGCUGCAAAAGAUAAAAGGUGGAUUGAGGCUAUGCAGGCAGAAAUAAAUGCAUUGGAGGAUAACAAAACUUGGGAGAUAGUACCAUUACCCCCAAGAAAAAGGGCUAUAGAGUGCAAAUGGGUGUACAAAAUUAAGUACAAGGCAACUGGAGAGGUUGAAAGAUUCAAGUCACGACUUGUGGCCAGAGGAUAG